GUACCCCCCUGUUUUGUCCUCUGGAAGCCAACAGACUGAAUCCUCCCCACGCGACCAAGACGGGGACCAGACAGGUGCUGCGGAGCCACCGAUGACAUAGACGGAAGAGCAGGACGUGCGGAGACAGAGAGGGUCCCCGCUGCAGUUGCAGCUCCUUGGGAGCCCCUCCUUACCCCGUCCUCCCUGCAGCCCUGUCUGGAGAAGGACGCUGAUGCCACACACACCAGCCAUGGGAUGCACAGCUUUGCCCAGAGGGCUAUGCACGCCCUGGGGAUAGACUUAGGCGGCAUUGCUUGCAGCCAGAGCCAGCUGCCCCCUGAGGGGAUGGAGCUCUGAUCCUGUCCCAGCAGCCUGGCCUGCAGGAGAGGAAGUGGCCUGCUGGAGUGAGGGGUCCGUGUGGCCUCUUGUGUCUGAGCCAGGGAACCUGUUGGCAUCAGGCAGGGAGCGGGGUGCAGGCGGAGCAGCUGGACUUUGAUUGCCCCUGUUAUGGAUUGCUCUGGCCCCACACAGCCCUGCCAAGGGGACAGAGACAGGAGCCUCCUGAGAUGCACAGGCUUGGCUGGCUGCUCCGGCCUCUGCAGAGGCCCUCAUUACUCAUGCUGCUGAAGUCCAGAGCCUGCAGCGGGGCUGCUGGGCUAUGGUGAGAGCAGACAGGGCUGGGUGUAACCAGUGGUAGGGAGGGAAGAAGGGAGAGGCAGAAGGAAAAAAUGGACGUUCCCAGGGUGGGGGUACUGCAUGGCCUCUGAGAGUUUUCCCUUGGCUGGAGACAAGAGUGUGUACGUGUGUGUGAGGGAGAGAGGCCUGGAUCAUCUUACCCCCUGCUCUAACCAGCUGUGCAAGGUCUUUGUGGGGCCGCAGGAUUGGGGAGCAGAUGAGGUGCCUGCUUUAACCUGAUUCCACGUGCAGCUGAGAGGCUAGACAGUGUCUGUAUGCAGCAGCACACCGGUCCCCCAUGCCUGCAGCAGCAGCAGCCGUUUCCCCAGGGCCCAGCACAUCACAGGAAUAAUGCUACGGGUUCCUCAGGACACUGUUUUCUGAAGGACUGGGAAGCCAGAGGUUGAGAGUCAAUCCAGGCAAGUUUGGAGGUGUCCCCUCCCCCCACUCUCCCCCCAGGUCCUUCAGUAAAGGGCACAGGACCUGGGAAGAUGUCCUCUUGCUGAGAUCCCCACAGCUGCUCUCCUGACACCCCUGUGGUUUCCCUGGCUCUCUGCUCUGCUGCGCCCUCAUCAUGUCCCGGCAAAACUCAGGGGCACUGAUCUCGGUGAACGGGCUGGGCUUCCCGCCCCAGAACCUGGCCCGCGUGGUGGUGUGGGAAUGGUUGAAUGAACAUGGGCGCUGGCGGCCCUACACGGCUGCUGUCUGCCACCACAUCGAGAAUGUGCUGAAGGAGGAUGCCCGUGGCAGCGUGGUGCUGGGGCAGGUGGAUGCCCAGCUGGCCCCCUACAUCAUCGACUUGCAGUCCAUGCACCAGUUCCGCCAGGACACAGGGACCAUGAGGCCGGUGAGGAGGAACUUCUAUGACCCAUCCUCGGCUCCUGGCAAAGGGAUUGUGUGGGAAUGGGAGAAUGACAAUAAUUCCUGGACACCCUAUGACAUGGAUAUUUGCAUCACAAUCCAGAAUGCCUAUGAGAAGCAACACCCCUGGCUGGACCUCUCCUCACUGGGCUUCUGCUACCUGAUCUAUUUCAACAGCAUGUCGCAGAUGAACCGGCAGACUCAGAGGAAGCGCCGGCUCCGGCGCCGCAUGGACCUGGCCUACCCACUCACCAUGGGCUCCAUCCCAAAGUCCCAGUCCUGGCCUGUGGGCACCAAUUCGGGGCAGCCCUGUUCCUGCCAGCAGUGCCUGCUAGUUAACAGCACCAGGGCAGCUUCCAACGCCAUCUUGGCCUCGCAGCGAAGGAAAGUGUAUUCAGGCAAUAGCAAUGGAACUCUGGCCGUCAGGCAGAGCAACACAUUCAAUGGGACGGCAUUGUGGUCUGCAGGCACCAUGCCAACUGGAGGGACAGCUAAGAUGGAGCAGGUCCGGUCCCCUAGUGGCACACAAGUGACCACCUUCUCCCGGAGCCAGAGUGCACCCACUGGCACCCAUCUUCCUGGGCAAAACAACCUGAACAGGCCUGGCACCCAGCGGGUCGCAAUUCUCAGUACCAGGGCGUCCAUUCCACCAGGGGUUCCUGCCCUCCCAGUCAAGAACCUGAAUGGGACUGGACCAGUCCACCCUGCACUGGCAGGGAUGACAGGCAUUUUGAUGUGUGCUGCCGGGCUGCCUGUGUGCCUGACCCGAGCCCCAAAGCCCAUCCUGCACCCUCCGCCGGUGAGCAAGAGUGACAUCAAGCCAGUGCCUGGGAUCAAUGGCAUCUGCAGGAAAACCAAGAAGAAACACCUCAAAAAGAGCAAGAACCCUGAAGAUGUGGUGCGCCGUUACAUCCAGAAGGUGAAGAAUCCACCUGAUGAGGACUGCACCAUCUGCAUGGAGAGGCUGGUCACUUCGUCCGGCUAUGAGGGCGUCCUCAGUCACAAGGGAGUGAAGCCAGAGCUGGUGGGCAAGCUGGGCAAGUGUGGGCACAUGUAUCACCUGCUCUGUCUGGUCGCCAUGUACAACAAUGGCAACAAGGAUGGCAGUCUGCAGUGCCCAACCUGUAAGGCUAUCUAUGGGGAGAAGACCGGGACCCAGCCCCCUGGGAAGAUGGAGUUCCACAUCAUCCCCCACUCACUGCCGGGCUACACAGACUGCAAAACCAUCCGCAUUGUCUAUGACAUCCCCACUGGGAUCCAGGGCCCAGAGCACCCAAACCCCGGGAAGAAGUUCACGGCACGAGGCUUCCCACGGCACUGCUACCUUCCCGACAAUGAGAGAGGCAGGAAGGUGCUGAAGCUCCUCAUUGUGGCCUGGGACCGGCGGCUCAUCUUCACUAUUGGCACGUCCAACACAACAGGCGAGUCCGACACUGUGGUCUGGAAUGAGAUCCACCACAAGACAGAGUUUGGGUCCAACCUCACCGGGCACGGCUACCCUGACCCCAACUACCUGGACAAUGUCCUGGCUGAGCUCAUGGCACAGGGGGUCUCAGAGGCCAACCUGAAGGACUGAGCAGGAUGGCCUGUCCUGCCCCAUCCCUUGCCAGCGUGCUCUGUGGCAGCACAACCCCCUGCCUGCCUGCGUGUGCGUGCGUGUGUCUGUGUAUCCGUCCACCAUCACGACCAAGAGCCUGCCUCACCUUCCCAGAGCUCUCCCUCUGCUUCUGCUGCCUCAACCUUGAUCAACCUCCAUACCACAAUGCUGGGGAGGGGAGAGGGGGGCUGAGGAGCACCCCAGAACUGCCCGUCAUCCUCCAGCCAGCACUGUCUGCCCCUCUGCCUCUAUAUAACCAAUACUGUGCCCUCCCCUCCCAGAGCCUCCUGAUCAAGGAGCAGCAGGCUGAAGGCAGGAGUCACGUGAGUGACCAAAAGUGGGGUGGUUAUUAUUUUUAUAAUACUCUUGUGAUCUGUGAGACUUUUCCUGUUAUAGGACACCCUCUGCCUUGAUUGUACACGCACACACACACACACACACACACACACACACACACACGCGCGCACACGCACACACACACGCAUCGUAUAUAUCUCUAAGAUUAUCCUGUACAUUAUAUUAUAUAUAAUAGAACACAUAUACACAACCAACAGGGCACCUUCAGGUCUCUCCUGCACCACCACUGCCACCAUCUGUCAUGUCUGGUCUGUGCCAUCAUUGUCUGGGUGAACCCCCUGCUGUAUCCCCUGGCAUAAUUUCCUCUCAGUCGUUUUGUUUCCCCCCUGCGGUCAUUGCUGCCUCUGAAGGACAAAGUGGGGAUAGGGACCUGGACUUGGGAAUUUGGCAGGGAGUUGGAACUUCAUCCAACUGAACCAUUGGGCACAGGUGGAGAAAGGAAGGCUGAUUGGUUCUGCUCCUGCAGUGGUUGAUUUGGAAGGGAUUAUGCUUUAUUGGACUGAACUCAGUCUGGCCCACUGUUAGAUCUCCUAGUCCUCUGCUUAGUACCCCCUCCAUUCCCUUGUGUAUUGAAGUUUCUGAAAUCAACAGAGCUGACACAAACCGGCAGGGUCAAUAAUUGCACUCUGCACUGUGUGUACACCAGCCAGCCAAGCCCUGUGUACCACAUGUUAAACACCUAACAGCCCUUCAUGGAAACCAUGCAGAAGCAGUUCCCUUCCUCUUUGAGAGAGGGCAGCAGAACAGCAAUCAACAGCCAGCCCAGCUUCUGUCAUUGGUGAGUGACAGAUGCAUUCACUGGCCCUUUUGGUUUUUACUGCUGAGGAUUUAAAGGGAUGCCCAGGGGAGCACAUACACUGUGACAGAUGGCAUGGUGCCAAUAUGGUGAUGAUUGUUUAAUGGUGGGUGAGGCUUUGAUACAUGCAGGGGAGAGUUGGUCAGGGGCCCUGGGGUCUAGCCCUGGCUUAGCCAUGGACUCGCUGGGUGAGUUGCUUCACCUCACUGUGCCAGUUUUCCAUGCUGCAAAAGUGGGGAUGAAUCUGCCCUUCCUAUUUAAGUGCUUUGAGCUCCCAUAUUAAAAGUGGCAUGUAAGUAGUACUAAGUGUUAUUAUGGACCUGCUGCCAUUCUAGGGCUGCAAUGGGGAGGGAGCGUGACGUUUGCUGUGUAGACAGGCUGAUGACAGCCCUUUAAAAUUCCCCGUUCCUUUUGAUUGGCUAAUGGCCACAGCGCACCCAUGUGGCUCCCCCACACCGCACUUGCCUGCAGUCCGUACACAAGGUUCCAUGUCUUGCCAAGCUGCCCUGCUGGGCUGGAGCCUACACAAACAGCUAGAGGGAGGUGGAGGGAGAGGAGAAUGGCAUCUGGGAGUGGAGGGGAGGGUGUCCCUGUGGCAUUUGGGCAGACGCAGAGCGCAGUGCCUCUUUAGCUCUUUCUGGAUGGGGGGGUGGUGUGCGCGUGCAAUGGUGCUUGGACAUGCAUCUGCAGGAGAGUGAUGUGAAGAAGGGUGGGGGAGUGCUGAGGCAGAGCCAGAGGAAAAGCUGGCCUGAAAGACAUGAACACAAGCUGAGGCUCUGUUUCCUUGCUGUGGUCCCUUUUUUGUCCUCCUGGCAGGGCUGUUCUUGUGGCUGUUAACAGAAGCAGUCCCCUGCCUCUCCCACCAGUGCCAGGCACUGGGGUCUAACAAAGGGCUGUCUGAGGGGGCUAGGGCUGAGCCAAUAUCUAGUGCCAGGCUUCUGCGUCUAGACAGGGGCUUAAAGGGAGCUGGAAGCUCCCAUCUUUCUCUGCUCCUGGGUUGAUAACCAAGUGUCCUGCUCGGUGUUCCAGCCUGGGGCACCUCCACCCCUUCCCAGCAGGAGGGAGCUGUCUGUGGGCAGGUUUCCCUGGAAUGCCAGAAGCAGCAGAAGGCUCUUAUUUGCAGGCCAAGCUGUGCUCUGUAGGUCUCCUCCCUGUCAGGCAAACACCAGCACAUGCACACAACCUGCUCUCACACAGCCUGUUGACUGUACAAAGCAGUAGCAGCAUGUACACACCCAGACACAGCACCUCGCAUACACUGCCUUGCUUCCUCCCUUGACCGCCUUCAUGCAUGGUCUUGCUGCUACACUCACUGUGUCUUGCACAUCCUCUCCCAGGCACAAACACAUCCUAUUUAUCACCUGGUCUCACACACGUGCCCUCAUACCUGUUACUUCUAUCUGGAUGGGAGAGAUGGCACAUUUACAGCAGUGUAACUUGUAUUUCACUGGUGGAGAAUUAUCUCCAAAAGAAUUGGGGGUAAAUCUUUCCUGGUAUAAGUGACACUUAUGUAUAUGUCAUCUGUUUGGGCCUGUCCUGGGGUAGCUCUUUGCUCAAGGCAGAUAGGCUAUUACCUGCUCCCCUGCCAUGAAUCGCAAGGUGCUGUAAUAGUUCCUACUGUCUGAGUUAUUGUAUGAUAGCUGCCCUUCUGUCUACUCCUUAUCCCAGUGUCAUUUACAUGGGUAUACAAGUGAUGUGAGUUACAUCAGGGUAUGUGUAUGUCUGUCUAUGCCCCUCCCCCCCCACUCCAGUUUUGCAUUCCCAAUCUCUCCACAGAAAUUUCCUUUCUUUCCCUUGUCCCCAGAAGGCACUGGGCCCUUCCUUGCCUAGGGCACACUCCCAAGCCAAAUGUCCCUCAGCCCAGGGACAGGCCACCUCUUGGUGCUGCCUGACCUCUGUUUGUGGUUGUUGUAGUGGCUGUCUUGGCCACUCUGAGCUGGCUGUAAGUCUCCACUCCCUCAGAGGGAAAUCUGAGGCUGCAAUGAGGUACCAAAGCAAUGCCAUGGUGACUGUGAGGACUAUGUGCUCCUGACCUUGCAGCAACCAGUUCAUGUCCUCAGUGGCAGCUGUGACCAGGACCUGCACCCAAAGUGACAGGUCCCCCUUCCAGGUGGAUGCAGGGUUCUGCAGGGAAGUAUGGGUCAUGCACACAGUGCCAUGCUGGAGAGGCAGUCAAGCCAGCACUGGCCUGUGCUCUGGCAAUGUCUGGGGAUGCUUAACAGCUCCCGCACCAUGGUACCCUCUGUCUGACAGGCCUGCAGAACCCAAGUAUGCACCAGGCCUCCUAUUCAGAACUCAGCUGGGACAGUGCGGCUUUGGGGGAACAUAGAAAAAGGCCUGUCCUGGGGACAGAGAGCAGCUCGUGGAAUACACAUGCACAUACCAUGUAUGCACACAGAUGCUCUGACCACAUGCAUCAGUGCAUGUAGAAACACAUAUGAACAUAUGCACACCACACAGGCAAAACCACUUAUGCACUGUGAACAGACACACAUGCAUACAUCCCUUUACAUAUAUUGUGCACACAAGCACCAUACAUCCUCUGACACGUUCAUAUAUAACUGCUCCUCCACGUCUGCCAUGUGUAUAUGCACACACACGUGCACCUCUUCAUGCAUACUGCACAUGCAAAUACCAUCCCAAACACCCCUCCCCCCAGCGCACACUGCUGUGCACACUUUGCAUAUGGAGAUAUCCCUCUGAUAUAAUCACAUCGUGUGCACACAAACUGGAUGCAUGUAUGCAUGCACGCGCGCGCGCACACACACAUCCCCUGAGUGCUACUGGCCCAGCAACCUGUCAGGGCAAUAAGAGAAGGUACCAUGAAAGGGUACAUGUUGUCCUUGCCACCCAGGAGAGCACCUGCUUUGUUACUGCUGGAGGGGAAGAAGCCAGCCCCAAACAGCCCCCACCCCCAACCCCUGGUGUUCCGGGGUCAUGAGGGGGUGGCCAGUCUGCCCUAGAACCUGAUCUGAUGUCUGGGGCACAGCCAGCCCCCAUAGCCUCAGCUCCACAGCUCUUCUGAGGCUGGGCAUGCCACUGGGGGCUCACUAGAGCUCACAGCCCAGCGCCACUGGUCAGUACAGCUUGGUGGGUGGAGGGCUGGGAUAAGGCCCAUGCUGGUGAUAGAAUCAAGUGGAGAAGGCAUGGAGGGGGAAUGGGAGGGUGGUGAGAGGAGCUAGGCAGGAUCUGAGAAGGGAAAUGCAGGGGGGUGAGAAAGUGUGUGGGGGGAGGGGGGAGAGAGAGAAAUGGGGCAGAGGUGUGAGGGCACAAAAGGUGUGUGUGUCUGCAGACUGCUUUAUUCCUUCUCCUUGAUGAUGAUGGGGCCAAGCCUGGGGUAGCAAUGUGGUAGGGAGGAGUCUUUCUUCUUGACCCACCAGUCUCUGCCCCUGAGCAGGAAAGCCCAUUGGUUCAUGUCCUGCAUGAGGUCUCAUCUAGCUAAGUGGUUUGUGUCAGGAGGUGGCACCCGGUGUCAGGGGAGCCCAUCAGCACAGCUUCUGCCUAGCGCGCAGGCCAAAUGCUGGACCAGGAGCCUGCAACGAACCCAACAGCCCCUGCACCUCCAUCGCUUCACAUGAGCAGAUGGGUCUUCCGAUAGCCCUUUUGUUAUAUGGAGGCUGGCAGGUCAAGGGAGGGGGGUCAGUAGUGAACAAGGAGGGAGGUAGGGCUUGAAUGUAGCAUCCCUUCAUGCCUCAGGGCAACCUCUGUGGGUCAUCAGCACCUCCCCAGUACCCAGAGAAUGCCCCUCUCGCCUGGUGGGGGGGGUUGCUGUCCCCACCUUUGCAGCAAUAGCAGGCAAAUGGCUUUACCAAGGGCCUCACUCCACUUGGGGAGUCUGCAUGGGAACUGCUCUGCAAAUGCGCCCAGCCUGGCCUACUGGUUCUCCCUAGCCAGGGGAGCCAGUUAAUGUGGGGAGCAUCUACUUGGGGAACCCAGUGGGAGAGCAACAGCUGCCUGGUUUAAUCAAAAUGGAGGAGAUUGUAGCUGGGUGUCUUGGACACUGAGAGGUGGUCUGUGGAGACCCCGGUUCCCAGCAUCUCACACUCUGAGCUUAUGCUCCUGGGAUCAAAGGGGAACAAGGCAUGCUGGGAGCUGUGGGCUCCAGGUGGCUCUUUGGGAUCGAACUCCUGAAGAUGGCUUGGUCUCUGUACAGGGCCUCUCUGGGCAUCCUUAAGGGCUUUGUAAUUUCCUUUGUUUGAAUCGCCUCUUUCAUGCUCGGCAUGUGUUGGUGUCUUUACAACUUAUUAAAUAAAUGUGCAAUC